GAGGAUUUGUUUACGACUUUACGUCUGUCGUGAAUUUUGGUUUCAAUCGAAUUGAUCGGAGAUAUGGGUGCUCAGAAGAAACCCGCCGUGGCUAGGGUUCGAGAUGAUUCGGAGGAUCUGACUCGUCAACGGUUACAAGCCAUAGUUCUAGCGGACAGCUUCACCACUCAAUUCCGUCCCAUAACCCUAGAACGCCCAAAGGUACUAUUGCCGCUAGUGAACAUCCCGAUGAUUGAUUACACUUUAGCAUGGCUCGAAUCAGCUGGAAUCGAAGAUAUUUUCGUGUUCUGUUGUGUUCACUCGUCCCAGGUCAUCGAUUACCUAGAGAAAUCCGAAUGGUACUCACGCUCAAACCCAAACUUGUUGGUGAGAACGAUAGUGUCUCCCAAAUCCACAAGUGUUGGUGAUGCUCUGCGUUAUAUAUAUGAACAACAGACAGAGACGUCUCAGAUUCAAGGUGAUUUUGUUCUUGUUAGUGGUGAUACUGUUAGUAAUAUGCCACUUGCUGAUUUGAUUCAAGAACAUAGAGAUAGGAAGAAGAAAGAUGAGAAAGCUAUCAUGACUAUGGUUAUUAAGAAGCAGUCUAGACUAGGAUUAGGAUCUGAUCAACUCUUCAUUGCGGUAGAUCCUUUAACGAAACAGCUUGUUCGUUACGAGGAAGGUAAUGCGAGAAUCGGGGACGUUUGCUUAGAUAAGUCAUUGUUGGAUAGUACUGUUUUACUAUGCAAUGAUAUGCAGGAUUGUUACAUUGACAUUUGUUCUCCUGAGGUGCUUAGUCUCUUUGAGGAUAACUUUGAUUAUCAACAUCUGCGCCGUCAUUUUGUCAAUGGUUUGCUUGUUGAUGAUAUUAUGGGUUACAAGAUUUUUACUCAUGAGAUUCAGUCGAGUUUUUAUGCUACAAGGAUUGAAAAUUUACGGAGCUAUGAUAUGGUUAGCAAGAAUAUAAUCCAGAGGUGGACAUACCCGUUCGUACCUGAUAUCAAUUUCAGCGGAAAAUGCUCUCUAAUGCUCGGGAGACAGGGGAUAUACCGGGCUUCUGAUGCAGUUCAAUCACGCUCCGCUGAUAUUGGAGCUUCCACUGUCAUUGGAUACGGCACCAGAAUUGGUAAUGGAGGUAAAAUCUUUAACUCUGUUAUUGGGAAUGGAUGUUCUAUUGGAUCAAAUGUGGUGAUACAAGGCUCAUACAUAUGGAACAAUGUUACGAUUGAAGAUGGGUGUGAGAUAAGGAAUGCUAUUGUCUGUGAUGGGGUGAAAAUCAGAGCAGGAGCUGUUCUGCAGCCUGGUGUUGUUUUGUCUUUCAAUGUUGUAGUUGGGCGGGAUUUUGUUGUACCUACAUAUUCAAAGGUCUCUUUACUUCAACAGCCAACUACAGAAGACAGCGAUGAAGAGAUGGAAUAUGCUGGUAGUAGCAGCGGGACUGCAGAUCUUUUAUCAGGCGUACAUAAUUUGCAAAUUGAGUCCAAAGCAUCUGAGCUUGGUCCUGAUGGAACAGGUUACAUAUGGGAAGUAUGUGACAGCGCUCAUGAUGAGGAGUGGAAACAUUCUGUUGUACCAAUCCCCAUGGAUAAACUUGCUGAUAUCACUCGGGCGAUGGACGAUGAUGACAUAGAGGAUGAAAGUGUUGUCCCACCUGCUGGAGAGUUGAAAUCCGAUACUGAUAGUAUUAACACUGAUGCAAAUGAUGACUAUGGCUACUUUGAGAGAGAGGUUGAAGAAACCUUCUUAAUGGCCAUUAUAAAGGAUGAUGUGGACCAUGUAAUUCGCUUGAUUAACUCACGCCGAUUUGCGUACAACAUGGCAUCUGCAGAUUGUGCUGGAGCAGUAUUCUACUCUAUGAUGAGACUGGCAGUAAAUACUCCACAUAAUUCUGCUAGUGAAUUGUACAGAAACGCAACGACUAUCAUUACUAAAUGGAAGGGACUUCUUGGGUUUUAUUUAAAGCAAAUUGAUGAACAGAUAGAGGUGAUAAUGAAAUUCGAAGAGAUGUGUGAGGAAUCUGAAGAGUUGGGCCCUUUGUUUGCUCAGAUUGUGCAUUUUCUGUAUGACAAAGACGUGGUGCAAGAAGGUGCUAUCUUGAGAUGGGGCGAAGAGAAAGCAGGCGCAGACGAAUGUGACAAAGUUUAUCUGAAUCAAUGUGAGGCAUUCAUACAGUGGCUCAAGGAAGCAUCUGAGGAGGAAGAAGAAGAAGAAGAUAGCUGAAUUGGUAAAAACGUGAGUUUAUGUGUUGCAAUGUAAUUUCAUUAUACAGCCUAUUUUGUAAGUUGAUAAUUUACAUUUAAGAGAUAGUACUCAGUUAUUUAACUGGCAUAA